AUUUCUGUUUUAGCCGUCAUGCUCACGACAUUCACCAUCUUAGCUAAUCUCACCAUCGUCGUAGCCAUGUUUGUGUCACGUGGCAAAGGAUCCAGCCAUAACGACCACAAGAUCACACAGCUUCUGAUGGCGUCCAUGGCAUGCAUCGAUUUGAUCUUUGCUCUAUUCCACAUGCCGUUUGGCGUUGCCCAGCUGAUAUACAACGGGAAGUGGAUUCUUGGGACAAAGUUUUGCAACGUCUGGCUCAACGUCGGUAAUGAUCUGUGCGGCAUCACCGCCUGUCACAUACUGUGCAUAGCUAUAGAUAAAUACAUGGCCGUGUGUAAGCCGCUUGUGUAUAGAUUCCUUACUAAAAGAAUCGGUCAACUGAUGGUCAUUCUAUCCUGGUUUCUUCCGAGUGGUAUCUUCCUACUGCCUCUGGUGACGGACUUCUUCCAGAAGGGCAAUGAAGAUUUAAUCAAGUGCCGUGAUCAGCUGAUGAUAUGCAGUUCAAUGUAUAACAAACACGUUCUUAUAACAGUAUUUGUGGUGGCCUUUUAUCUGCCCAUGUGCGCUACAUAUGUUCUGUAUGGAUUUAUAUUCUACGAGAUUUGGAAAUUCAACAAGCGAAGUUCUAGACAAGUCAGAGGCAAGAGUUGUGGAGAGCAUGUACAGCCAAAAGUUUUUAGGACAGAGUUUUCAGCAGCGUGUCAGAGACUUCAGUCACCCGCCCAUCCAAGAUUGUUAUUUAGCUCCAAUACACCGAAGCCAUUCGAACCACCGGAUCUGAACAAUACAAUUUUGCCUCGUCGAAUAAUGAGAAAUGUCAAGGCUAUUCGCACACUGGGGACCAUCGUGCUGAGCUUCACCGUCUGCUGGGUGCCGCUAUGGUUUUUCGUUGUUGUGUAUGUUUACCUUGACUUCGAGUUUCCUCUGUGGUCGAUGUUGAUUACAAGUUGGAUUACUUACAUGAACUCGGCCAUCAACCCGGUGCUGUACAGCUUUUUCAAGCCUAUAAGGGUCGCGCUUAAACGCAUCCUUUGCAGUUUCAAAUAA